AUGACCUCGACGAACCCCGACCCCGCCGCCGCGGCGCCCGCCUUCAUCCCCCUCGAGGCGAACCCGGAGCUUAUGACCUCGCUCCUGCACAAGCUAGGCCUCUCGCCCGCCCUGUCGGUCCACGACGUCUACUCCCUUACCGACCCGGACAUGCUAUCCUUCGUGCCCCGCCCCGCCCUCGCCAUUCUCCUCGUCUUCCCCGUCAGCGCCGCGUACGAGAGCCACCGUCUGGCCGAGGACUCGCUGCUGGAGGAGUACAAGGGCAAAGGGCCGCAAGAGCCCGUCGUGUGGUUCCGUCAGACAAUCCGCAACGCCUGCGGGCUGAUGGGACUGUUGCAUGCUGUUGCGAACGGGCCUGCGAGGGAGUAUAUCCAAAAGCCCUCCGACCUGAACACCCUUAUCGAGAACGCCGUGCCCCUCGACCCCGUCGCCCGCGCCCAGCUGCUCGAGAAGACACCCUCCCUGGCAACCGCCCAUCGCGAAGCCGCCUCUCAAGGUGCCACCGAGGCCCCGGAGGCUUCGGACGACGUCGACCUGCACUACGUUUGCUUCGUGCGAGGCGAGGACGGCACUCUGUGGGAGCUCGACGGCCGACGCAAGGGGCCCCUGAAUCGCGGCCAGCUGGACGCCGGCGAGGACGUGCUGAGUGAGAAGGCCCUCACCUGGGGACCGCGCAAGUUCCUCGAGAGAGAAGGGGCAGAUCUGCGGUUCAGCGCUGUUGCGUUGGCGGGAUCUCUUGAUUAA